AUGAACAAUUCCAGCCGAAUAUUCCAUUCCUUUGAGGACACUGAAUUAGGAACUCAUGAAUACACAUUAAAUAACUCAACGAACAUCCCAGAUUUUAUCGUCACCUCUCAUUUCAGUCUAAUUACCUGUAUCCUCGUAUUUCCAAUCUGCAUAGCUGGAAUUGUGGGGAAUGGUAUUGUCAUUUGGCUUCUAGGCUUCUGUAUGAAGAGGAAUCCCUUCACAACCUACGUGUUGAACUUGGCUAUUGCCGAUACUGGGGUCCUUAUAGCCAGCAUUUUGGGAUAUAUAGUUUUAACAUUAAUUUUGAGUGCAGCCUAUUCUCUAUUGGGAUUUUACAUCUAUUUUUGGGCAUGGUCCUUUAUGUACAUCACUGAUCAGCUUCUCCUGACCAUCAUCAGUGUCGAUAGGUGCGUGGCUGUCCUCUUCCCACUUUGGCAUCGAUGCCACCGGCCGCCACACCUGUCCAGAAUGGUUUGUGUCUCCGUAUGGGUCCUCUCCUUCCUGAUUGCUGUAUUGGACUUCUUUCUCUCUUUUGUAAAUGAAUUCAUCUUGCUCCAAUUUAUUCUGAACAUUGCAAUAUGUACCCCAAUCAUGGCUAUCUCCACAAUCAUUUUGUUUGUGAAAAUCCGUACUCAGCAGCAUAAGCAAGGAAGGCUUUUACCAGUCAUUUCCCUGGCUCUCUUUUUGUUUCUUCUCUUUGGUUUCCCUGUGAAUUACAGUACUAUUGUCUUUUACCUUUUGGAUGACCUCGAGAUAAAGUCAACAGAUCGGGUUAUGAUCGCUUGGAUGGUUGCUUUUGUGUGUGCAAUUCUAAAUUGCAGUGUCAACCCUUUGAUCUAUUUCUUAAUGGGGAGAAAGAAGACCGGCCAACUCAGGCAGUCCAUGAAAGGUAUCCUCCAGAGUAUCUUUAAAGAUGAGGAAAACAGCAGAGGUCAAGAAGGACCCCACUCUGAAACCCAAUUCUGA